CCCCCACCUCUAUAUAUUCCUCCAAUCCUCUCUCUCUCCUCUCUCUUUCUCUCUCUCUCUUUCAAUCCAUUUCUCUCCUCUUCCCUCUUCUCUCUUCAAUCAGACCCCUUCACGCACACUCUCUCCGCCUCUAACCGCCGCCUGCGUUGGCGUCACCGUAGAUCCCACCGCCUCUCUUCCCUUCUCUUUCAGUCCCAUCCGAUUUUAACCUCCCAACCCAACCCAACCCACUUUCUCUUUUCUGUGUUUUUAUUAUUUUGUUAAAAUGUUUUUCAUGUUUUGUCAUUUUGCCCAUUUUAACCCCACGGUUUUUUAUUUUUUAUUUCACUCAAAACCGAACCCAUCCAGCGAGUCUUUUUAGUCUUUCCCCUGUUUUUUUUCCUACUUUUUCUCACUUCUCGAUAAAACUGAUUAGACAGACACUUUCCAAAAAACAAAAACAAAUAUCAAAACCCACGUAUUGACGCUUUUACCCCCCACUCCCAUUAGGAAACAGUUGGUGGUGACGUGGCAUGGUUGAAAGGCUACGAUGAGUUAUCAUUCUCGUCGGAUUUUGACACCUGGGGCCUCAAGAAAACGUAAAGAAAGAGAAGCUUUAUAUUCUUUAAAACCGUUGGCUUCAACGGCUCCGGCUCCGGCUCCGGCUCCAGCUCCAGAUCCGGCUCAAGCUUCCAAGCCGAGCGGGCUGAAAUCUUCGAAUCGGCUUCUAGCUGGGUACAUGGCUUAUGAGUUCUUGACGAGGGGUACGCUGUUGGGUCAGAAGUUCGAUCCGGCUCGAGCCGAGGCGGUUCCAGUGGGGAAUGAGUCGAAGAGGGAAGCCGAGCCGAGCGUGAAGAAGAAGGGGCACCAGAGUUAUGGUGAGGUGGCGAACAUAUUGAAGACCGAAGGGACCCACAUCCCUGAUAUUGUCAACCCUACGCAGCUCGCUCGGUGGAUACAGAUGUGAAACAGUCUGACGUGGCAUUCUCUCAUUAGUUACAAGCCACGUCAGAUAAGGAAAACAAAAAAGAAGUAUUUUUAAAGUCUCUCGAAAUUUACGGUAUGUUCGAGUCGAUUCGAGGUGGUGACGAACGAAUGAUGGUGAGUUUCGUAUGAAAACAUAAACACAAUAUCAAAUUUCGAAAGCAUUAAGGUUUCUGACACCUCUUCUUCUUUCUUCUUUGACUCUCCCUCUCUUUCUAGAAUGUUCUGUUUCCGGGAAUGUUGGAAUGUUGUAGUCCGACGUGUAUUUCUCUGUCUAUCUCUUUAGCUUCUGUGUAUUUAUUGCAAAUUGUAUUGUGUAAUUUUGGAACGGAAAUCCUCGUGAUGGAAAUCCUUUUAAUGCUUUGUUGCUGUUGCUGUUG